AUGCCAUUCUGGGUGAUAUACCACUCCCACACAACCUUCACAACCGCAGCCGAACGCGAUGCAUUCGCAGCGUCCAUCACCGAAAGCUACGACACCAUCCCAGCAUUCUACGUAGCCGUGUCGUUCAUCCCUCUCAGCGGCAGUCAUUUAUAUCGUUCGGGAAAGCAAGUCUCCAACCUAGACAGACCGUUCGUUCGGCUAGUCGUGCAUCACCUGGCUCGACAGUCUACAGACCACGUCGACGGUCGCGAAGCAGGAUUCGCGAGGGGGAGGUUGUUGCUGGAUAGGGCUAUUGAGGCUCAUGUCGUCGACAAAGGAUAUCUAUGGGAAUAUACUAUCUCGGAGGAAGAUCGGAAUUCGUGGAAGAUUGACGGGUAUAUGCCUCCGCCGUUUGGGAGCGAGGCGAUGAAGGUGUGGCAGGCUAGGGGUUGUGUUGGGCCGUAUUGA